AUGAUCCUUCGCCUCCUGAAUCCGUCCAUGUUGCAUGGAAUCGCCGUUCUUUUGAGCCACGCACCUAUUGCUUCGGCUUUAACUUCUCAGCUAGAGAUCACGCGGCCGUUGAACGCCUCUGGUGUGACGGUGGUGUUUGCUGGCAAGAAGUGCAACAAGGGUGGCUGCGUUGGCGGCUCAGGUGAGGUCAAGUCGAGUACGACCCGAGCCACGACAAGUGCCAAGCCUCCUGUUACGGCAACAGACAGAGAGAUCACGACAUCUGCGAGCUCUACAACAAGUAUUGUGUCGGUUUCGCCAACUACGACCCCAACCUUACCAACACUAGUGCCUCGCAUCGACAACUUUGUCAACAAAGGUUGUUUCUACGAUGCGAACCUGGAACAGCGCGUUCUGAAGGCGGACAGUACUGUCGAUGCCAGCAAUACAGGCUGUGCAGGAGAUGCUGAGCAGCUGUGCGGUGACGGUAACCGAGUCCAAGUAUACCAGGAUGAGACAUGGUCCAUGCCGACUAUUCAGCAGCUCGUCGAAGACUUGAAAGCAUACAACGAGACUUUGAAAGAGGCAAGAUCCGCUGUCGCUCAGUACAAAGAAGACCUUGAGGAGUAUCAAGAAAUUCGACAAGCUUCGUCCAAGGUUCGACGAGCCAAUGAUAAUCCAAGACUCGUCGCGAGGAUCCCUCUCACAGAGCGACAGAGGAAGAUUCUGGAGCGCCUAGUAGGAGGCUCCAAAAAUCUCAACAGAAUUCAAGCCAGUAUCAUUCAAAGCAGCAUAGAAUCUUUCCAAAGGCCUGUGGACGCUGCUGCUGCUGACAGCGCACAGGCCGAGCCUGCUCUGGAGAUGGACAUUUUGCCGAAUAUUGAUGUGACCGCUCACCUUGACGUUGCCUCCAUUGCGAUUGACAAGAUUGGUAUUGCUGCUGUUGCCGGAAGAGUAGCCACUGGCAUCUCCGCUGUCCUUGCAGUCUUGAUCGGCAGCCCGGGAGGUGGCUCACCCAAUGGCCCCCCCAAACCGACCGCAACACCAACGGUUACGACCAGCACCAGCAGUUCAACUUGUACCAUGAAUGCGACGCAGACUCCCAUAAUCAUUGUGACCCAGAAGGGCACUUCUAAGGACCAGUACGACGAGCUUGUCCGCAGCUUGCCCAAGAACGAGGCCAAUAUUCAAAAGACGAACAGCUGGCUUUCCAACUGGAUUUACAUUGCUACACUAGACCAAUGUACGGCCGAGGCCCUGUGGGAGAACCCCAUCGUGCUGUCCAUGAGCAUCGACGCUGAAGUCACAGUAGAGGACUUUGGUCUAGACUCCAGCUCGUCAGCUACCAAAACUCCUGGCAAGCGCGCUACCGAUUCAAACACAAACACGACAGACACUCUGUCUCGUACAGCUGCAGCACCGCUUCAGCCGCGCUCAACGCCUGGCCCAAACAGCAGGUUCAAACAGCAAACUCCCGAUAGCCCGGGGCACCUGAAUUGGCUCACCCAACUAUCCCGAUACACCCAGCUUCAGGGCUCAUACCUUGACUUCGAAGAGUUCAUUUUUGAAGACGCCGCAACCAGAGACAACGAGGAGUCUACGGUCUUUGUGAUCGACCAGAACUUCUUCACAACACACGUGGACUUCAAAGACCGAGUCGUCGGCGCGUGGUCCAUGUCCCCCGACGGCGAAACACAAGAGGACGUAUACUAUUUCGGAAACGGCCACGGCACCUGCAUGGUAUCGCUUGCUGCUGGCGCAUACUCGGGGGUUGCCAAGCGUGCCAACAUUGUCUUGGUGCAGCUGAUGCACCUUGAAAACCAAGCCCACAAGUGCACGGUAUCCAGAACGAUCUUUGCCCUCUUGUCCAUUCAGCGAUAUGUUCACGACAACAACCUCUUCGGCAGGUCCGUCAUCUCCAUGUCGUUCAGCAUGCCCGUCGCGAGCCUCUGGUGGGAGGAUCCCAGAACCCAGGGCACGCCGGUCAUAAAGUACACCGACCCUUACCAGGUGUAUCUGCCCGAGUUGAUGGCACAGGGCAUCGUGGCAGUCGCCUCUGCUGGGAACGACGCCUUGAACGAAGACGAAUAUCUCAGAGACCUGUCUUACAGCACGCCGCGGGCUGCCGGUGGACGUAACUCGGGACUUAUCGUGGUGGGCAACGCACGGUACGACGGAUCACGAAACUUGAAAUCCCAGUACGUCGACGUGCGAGGGAAGGGCAUCCUGAGUCUGUACAAUAUCGGCACCGAUGUCGACUGCGCCGGGACCGAAAGCUCAUCAAAUGAGGCCGGUGAAAGUGGUCAGACGUGGAAACAUCAAUCGGGCACCUCUCCUGCAACGGCCAUCACGGCUGGCAUGGCCGCGUAUCUGCUCUCGCACCCAGUCAUUGGCCCGCAGCUUCGUGCUGGCGGCAACGGACAGGUUGCCAUGAACGUGAAGAAUUAUCUCAUAAACACGGGGCAGAGACUGAAAGGCGACGCUGGCACCGGAGAUAGCGUUCCCCGAGCAGCGUUGGGGGAAAUGGUUCCGUGUCGGGGUGGCCAGGCGGGACGUCCUGUCAUUCCACAUGUGUUCAUGCCCGCAUUGCCAGGCCGCCUGGACAGUCGCAUUUUCUCGACAAGGGACAUCACGGACGGGCAGAAUGUUCUCGUAAAUGCGAACUGCUGGGACCUACAGUAA